AUGCCGGCUUUUCAGUCGGGGAUGAUCACGCUGUUGUCAGAUGACAAGAUUGCGUUCAAGCUGGACAGGCGGGUCUUGAAGAAAGCAAGCCGAUUCAAGGACGAAGACACACCCAGCUUCGAGCUCCAUGUCCCCGCCAACAAGGCAACGGUUUUGCUCUUUCUCCUACACCUCACCGAGCCGGCUCGUCACUACCAAUGCGACGCGGUCGCUCGGGACAUCCUCCACAUGACCGCUCUGAGAGACCCCGGAGAUAAGCGAUUCGACAUCUUCGUCCUCGCCUGCGAGCUGGACGACAUCCCUUCUGGCUGCCGCGUCCUCCUUCACGCCCGUCAUGCGGAGUCACCGUCAUCUUGGGGCGCUCAAAUACGUCCUACAUCGUCGUCAUGGACCAAGGCGAACGAGGCGCAGCUGUCGCCGUCCUGGGCGUAUGCGCUGGAAUGUGGGGUUAGGCUGGCGGAUAAGAAAUGUCGCUACCGGUCGCCGCGAGUAGAUACGAGUAUAUACCGGUCGCUACCGGUCUAUACGGGUCGCGACCGAGUCGCGACCGGUCGCGACUCCUCCACUGUCCCAAUGGAUGGGAGUAACGCGACGCCUUGUUUGUUUACGCUCUACCGUGGACCCAUUCAAGCCAACAGAGUUUACGAGGUCUCUGGAGGAGCACUGUGUCUGAAGCAGGCGAUGCAUUGUCAUGGCGUUCUGUCUUGUAUCAUCAGCCGGUACACGAGUCACAACCAAAGUGCAAUUGCGUUGUCAGGUGGUAACCUGACUAUUCCAUUCCAACAUAUAGGGGUUUUUGAGUUUGGCCAGCACGCUGUAGGCGUUCUCGUGCUCCGGUUAAGGUCUUAUAUGAUAGCCUGA